GCGGAUUAGUGCUCGACCUGGUCCACAGCUGUACACUCUGUACAUACCGAUACUCAGCACUAUGGUGCGGUGCGAUAUGCCAUUUACAUAUAAUAUGCCUAUCCACAUUUAAUAUGAAUCCACCAGCUUCUGCGGACGACUUUGUUCACUUGCUUGCGUGGCAAUGGCAUUAAUGUUACUAUCUGCCAUCAGUGUCUGCAUUCAAGGUGGGAAAGGUUUAAUUAAACGACAUGUCCUUCUUUAUUUACAAGAAGCCGCCUCAUGACAUGGCAGAAGAUAAAACUGGCUGGCUGCCAAAAGAAACUGUCAAUCGUUCAAUGUCAACAGAAGAAUAAAAACAUAAGAAGUAUUACAUAGUAAUUGCAAUAAUUAUAUAAUUUGAUAGAAAUGCCGACAGUGUCCUUGGCGUCGUUUUGUAAAGAUGGUGGAAAUCAGGGAACGUCUGCGCGGGGUCGAGAGAGUGCGCUCACAUCUGAGACUAGGUUCAGCAACUUUGGAGAAGGAGAGUGUGGGGAACCGUUUGCUCCUCAUCAUUUACAGCUAGACUUCACUCCUGAGACAGAGGAAGACACUGCUUUUGUGCAGCAGAAGAUCAUUGACUUCUGGGAGUUGGUCAACAGCACGCCUGAGAUACAGCACCUCUUGGUGAUACCGGAAAAUCGUAACUCAUUCACGACAGCAAGAACUGAAGCCAUGAUCACUACUCCACCGGAACCAAAGCAAAGUAAACCGAAAGUGGUGAAAAUGGAAAAAACUGCGAUCUCAUCACUCGACUUAUUUAGCAAACCAGGAGCGAUGACAGUGACCUCAUCAUUGCACACGUCCCUCUCUCGGGCCUCCAAAGAAAACAACCCAGACUUGUUAUCAUCGGGUGAACCGAUGAGUACUACCGCGACCAAAGCGGACCGACCACAGAAAAAUACUACAAAAGCCAAGAAGCUGUGUAAGAUCCUUAAGAAAUGGGACGACAACCAUCCCAAGUCCAUGGAACCUCCUGGACACCCGCCACGGUUCGACCACUGCGUCAUUCAAAGAUCAUCAUAG